AUGACUUUCAUUGGAGAGGUCCACCUGCUAGCCUGGGUAUCUGCUGCUGUCGCCCUUUUGACCUUACUGGUCAUCACCACUAUGCCAUUUCUAAGAGACUAUAUUCACAAAUGGAAUACAUUGAAGCCAAUCCCAGGAGUUAGCCCUUGUUUUCCCUUGAUUGGAAAUGCCCUGCAGUUUAAACCAAGUGGAAGAGAUUUCUUCUGUGAACUUGCUGAACACACCGAAAAAUUUCGGCAUCUUCCUCUUAUGAAAAUAUGGGCUGGACCAGUACCUUUCCUGAUAUUAUACCAUGCAGAGACUGUAGAGGCAAUAUUAAGUACUUCUAAACAUAUGGACAAGGCUUUCCCAUACAAGUUCCUUCACCCUUGGCUCGGCAAGGGUCUUCUUACAAGCACAGGGGAAAAAUGGCGUUCCAGGAGAAAAAUGAUAACCCCAACCUUCCAUUUUACCAUUCUUUCGGAAUUCUUGGAAGUGAUGAAUGAACAAUCAAGAAUAUUAGUUGAGAAAUUUAAGAACUGUUUGGAUAUGGAUGCUUUCAACUGCUUCAUGGAUGUAACUCUGUGUGCCCUGGAUAUCAUAUCUGAAACUGCCAUGGGGAAGAAAAUCCAUGCACAAAGUAACAGCAGCUCUGAAUAUAUCCAAGCAAUUUAUAAAAUGAGUGAUAUCCUUCAUCGCAGGCAGAGGCUGCCAUGGUUAUGGCCAGACCUCCUAUACUCAAAGCUCGCAGAAGGCAAAGAGCAUGAUAAGAACCUUCACAUUCUGCACUCAUUUACUGACACUGUGAUUAGAGAAAGAGCUAAAGCACUAAAGGACCAAGGAGUUGUAGAAGAACAGCCCAGCAGUGAUGUAUAUUCCAAUAAAAGUAAGAAAAGAAGUGCAUUUCUAGACAUGCUUCUGAGUGCUACGGAUGAUGCUGGAAACAAACUGAGCUACAAAGACAUCCGUGAAGAAGUUGAUACGUUCAUGUUUGAGGGUCAUGACACAACUGCUGCAGCUAUGAACUGGUCUUUAUACUUGCUGGGGUCCCACCCUGACGUGCAGAAAAAUGUCCAUAAAGAAUUGGAUGAAGUAUUUGGUGAAUCUGACCGUGCAGUCACAAUGGAGGAUCUGAAAAGCCUACGCUAUUUAGAAGCUGUAAUAAAGGAGUCCCUUCGUAUAUUUCCAUCUGUUCCAUUAUUUGCUCGCACUGUUUGUGACGACUGCACAAUAAGAGGUUUCCACGUGCCUAAAGGUGUAAAUGCCUUAAUUAUUCCCUAUGCUCUACAUCGGGAUCCUGAAUAUUUUCCUGACCCAGAAGAAUUUAGACCAGAGAGAUUUUUUCCAGAAAAUACAAGCGGUCGCAAUCCAUAUGCUUAUGUCCCAUUUUCUGCAGGACUCCGAAACUGCAUAGGCCAACGUUUUGCAUUGAUGGAAGAGAAAGUCAUUUUAUCAACCUUAUUGCGCCAUUUCUGGAUUAUUGCAAGUCAGAAACGUGAAGACCUGGGGCUAGUUGGGGAACUAAUUCUUCGUCCACAAGCUGGCAUAUGGAUUCAGCUGAAAGACAGACAAGAAUUUUUAAACAAAGCCUGA